AUGCCUCAGACAAGCAGGGCAGAUAAAUCGUCAAAGUCCUGCAAUGAGGAACGGCUCAGCGCCCUGCCGGACGACGUCCUGCACCAGGUCCUUGGCUUCCUGCAGGCGGAUGAGGCAGUGCGCACCUGCCUGCUCGCCAAGCGCUGGCGCUACCUUUGGAAAUCUAUGCGCCGUCUUCGCAUCAACCGAAGCGGGGGUGAAUGGUGGGGGAGCACUGACGUUUUCCUUACCAAGUUUGUGAGCUGCCUGUUGCUUCUCCGAGACCCUGGCUCGACUCUGGAUGAGGUCGAGAUCGAGUAUGCUAAUCAUUUUGGUGAUGAUCAUACAUGGAUAUCAACAUGGAUCCGUCAUGCUUUGUCAUGCCAAACUCAGGUCCUCACUGUCAAGUUCCCUUUGCCGGUGUACGGGCCCGGCUAUUUGGAUGGCCCUCCUCUGGUCUCCCAGUAUUUAAGAAGAUUAGAGAUUUCUGAAGCGAGGUUGAAGAGCAACUUCCUAAAUCUUUCAAGCUGCUCAACACUGGAGGAUCUAAAGAUAAAAGACUGUGACUUUGAUGCUAGUAGCAUCGUGUCCCAGUCUGUAAAACAUCUGAGCAUCAAGGAUUGUUAUUUCAAGGGUGAUGUCCGGAUUAGUAUUUCUGUCCCAAAUCUUGUCUCUCUGCAACUCAUAUCAUAUGGAGGUAGAACCCCAUUUCUCGAAAGCAUGUUGUCAUUAGAAACCGCAGUUGUCAAUGUUGAAGUCUGGUCGGUUGAUUACUGUCGUAAAGGUUUUUCUGCUGGAGAGUGUUGUGGUACAUGUCUAGAUUGCUGUGGUAAUGAUGGCCUCACGGGUGGUUGCGUACUUCUUGGAGGUCUGUCUCGUGCUAAAAACUUGGAGUUGAUAGCUCAUCCGGGAAUGCUUAUUUUCAAAAGGGAUUUGAGAUGGUGCCCUACAUUUAGCAAGUUAAAGACAUUGUUGCUGAACGAGUGGUGUGUGCAACCUGACCUUCGUGCACUAGUUUGUAUGCUUGAACAUUCGCCGGUUCUUGAAAAUCUGACACUUCAAUUGUGUAAGCAAGAAAAACCUGCAUGUGCGGUGGAAGUGGAAGAAAAUCCUGGUUUGGUGGAGAAACCAGCGGCUAUUUCAGGAUACCUGAAGAUUAUUAAAGUGAAAUGUGAAGACGUUGAUGGCAGAGUUUGCAAAGUUCUGAACUUCUUGAGUACAUUUGGCAUUGAAAUUACUAUCCAAAGGACCAAGGGAUAG